AUCAGGACUCUUAUUUACAAGAUGCUAUAUCAGAUGAAUGGCUGCUUUCAGCUGUCUGUAAUGUCUAGCCUACAGCUCGGACAGCUUGCCCGCUUACGUUUGUGAUUUGUUUUGUACUUUUUAUCAUGCAGUGAUUUUCCAACAAGGAUCUGCCCAGUUAUAUACAGAAGUUGAGCAGCCAUUGAAUGCCUAGAUUCUGCUGAUUGAAUUCCUCUCGCUCCUCUCUGGUUUAUCAGUUUCUGCAUAUUUGCGAACGAUAGGGGCCACAUUCAAGGGAGGUGGAAUGUAAAUGCACUACAGAGCGCCUGUAACCAGUGUUGGUCACUUCACUCGCAGGACUGGAUAAACUGGGAAAUUGUGUGGGACUGCAGUUUUACCACCGAGCUUGUUGUUUUACUACAUUAUGUGCUCCCCCCUCAUCCCAUUCUUUUUAAGCUUGGCCUACGUACUCUGCUCUCAACAAGUAACAGGUUGACUUUUCUAUUCACCCCGUUGAGUCUGGAAUUCAUUUUUUAAAGGGCAGUCCCCUGAGACUAUUCAAGCACUGCUUUAACUCUAUGCCUGGAACAGGAAGUUUUCAUCUUUAUUAUCUCUUGCUUGCUACAAAGUCUAAAAUUUCUUAGUGGUUUUGGUGCUUGGCAUGCCCCUUUAACUACCAAGUGAAUACUUUAUUUUAUUUUUUUUUUUAUUUAUGAAAUCUGGAAGCAUGCGGAUUAAAGAGAUCUCUCUCCGUCAAGACCCAGAUCUGCGAAAGGAAUUGGCAUUGUUGGCUCGUGGAUGUGAUUUUGUUUUACCUUCAAGAUUCAAAAAGCGACUUAAGGCUUUUCAGCAGAUCCAGGUUAGCGUACAGUGUUGGUGUCAUGUUCAUUUCCUAAUUUUUGAGAAAUUUGUAGUACUAACAAUAUUGUUCAUUUUGUAUUAAAAUAUUUUCUUAUUAAUCAGUGUUCAUAAUCCCUCCAUUUGAAGAUUUAAGUUAUUUUUUUUUUUAUUUUUUUUUUAAAUCUAUAUAGUUUAGUUUCAGUCCUGAAUGAAUGGUAAGCACGUUUGUAAGACACUCUAUAUUCUUUUAAUGCCUAUAGUUCUAGAACUUGUUACAAUAUACCGUAUGUGCUUUGGAUCCCAAAGGCUACAUUUACUGUUUGAGCCUAUAAUACCAUCAGACAUUCAGCUAUAUUAACAGUUAUGGUACAGCCACCUGUUUUGAUAAUGAUAUGGGGGUGGGCUUGGCAGAAAUCGACUUUGCUGUGUGGAUAGACUUAAAAACAGACUUUAAAACUUAAGUUUGGCUUCAGACUUCGUUUCAGCCAUCGCAAUAUUUGUGUUCUGGGGGAUUUUUGCACUUGCAAGAAUACAAAAAUUGUAUUUUAUUUUUUUCCCCCCCUUCUCAUGAUGGGAACAAUUGUUUAAACUUAAAAAUCAGAAUGUGUUGAUUUAUUAUGCAAAUAUUGUGCAUAAUCUGUCUAAAAACUGACAUGCAAUACUAACAUGUAAACCUGGUUUGCACGCAGAAUUGAUCCUACAGUAUUCUCUCUAGCUAAGAGUGAAGUAACAUCUGCAGCUCUUAUUGGCUCUCAAUCUUAUGUAUCACUUUGAUUGGAGUACUUUAGCAUUUCCCAAAACUCUUUACACUGCUACGGUGGAUGUUAUUCCUCUGUUCUAGGGGAGGGACACUUGACCUUUUUGAUUAUUUAUAAUAUUCCCAUAUCUGAACACUCUACACCAAAUACCUGUCUGCAUCUUUUCUUUUGCUUUGUGUGUGUGUGUGUGUGUGUAUAUAUAUGUGUGUGUGUGUGUGUGUGUGUGUGUAUAUAGAUAUAGAUAUAGAUAUAGAUAUAGAUAUAGAUAGAUAGAUAUAUAUAUAUAUAUAUAUAUAUAAUUACUGGAAUUUGGCCUAGUUUGUGAUUUUGUCCAUCUGUUUAGGUGUGGUCAAUGUGUUGCUGUAUAAUGUAUAUUAAGUUUCAGUUUACCCUUUAGCCAUGCAUCCCCAAAUAAAAUUUUCCCACAAUUCUUACAUUUCCUCCAUGAUCUUGCGAUGCUUCCUGUCAGUAUUCCUGAACGUCCUGUCACUUAGACAAGACGCCGGCGAAACUACCAAAUUUCGUCCUUUCAGAAUUAGAACAGUUUGUUCAUUCAUGUUAUGACGCAAUUCGCGACAUUGUUCUGAUUGGAAUUUCAGUCUAAUGAAUGAAAUUCCAAUUUGUGCCGCGGCUGCAUCUUGCAGCCACUUAGUAGAUAACUCCCUAAUUCCCACGGUAUUAGGAAGCUAUCUACCAAAAGGCUGACAGACCUAAAUUGGUCUUUCAAAGUAAAGAUUACUUGGUAUUAGUAAUACUCUAUAUCGGGAAUAGGGGCAUGUCUAAUAAAUCACGUUAAAAAAAAAAAAAAAAAAUGUUAAACCUAUAGUGCUGCGUGAGUGUGGGCUCUUAAACUGAACGGGGGGCCUAUUGUCCUCCCCCUGGACCCCACCCAUGAGCAGCAGUUGAGGGCCAUAAAUUAUAAUGGGGGGGGCGCACCUAUUGUCUGGCCCUGAGCGGUGGGUGGGGGCCCUGAAUUACAAUAAAGGGGGGGCUAUUGUCUAAGUGCAAAUACUCCUUACCCCCAAGUGACUAGGGGUCUCCUUUUUUUCUAAAAUCUUUUUAUUUUUUUCAGCCCCAAAAAGGCCAAAUAAAAAUCCACAAUACCCAUCGAACUUUUGUAAAUAAAAUAAAACCUGAGUGCAAAAAAAGUAAUUCGUCGUCACCCAUAAAGGGCACUGCGCAAACUGAACUCUGCAGGGUGGGGAAAGGCUUAUAAAGCAUUCCCACGCCUUGCAAUUAGGUUCAGAGCACUAUGAUUGAUUGGCUUAAACCAACCAAUCCGAGUAAUCGGACAAGUAAAUGAAGAGACCAACCGGUAAGUCUCUACAUUUACCUAUCACAGAAUUCUGAUUGGUUGGCUUGAAAUUCAACCAAUGAGAGUGCUCUGUCAUUUUACACAGCAUGGGAAAGUUCUUUGGAAUUUUUCUCAUGCUGUGUAAUUUGACUCAUCGCAACACUCCAGUUGCUUUCAAUCAACCAAUCAGUCUUAAAAUUCAAAUUACACAGCAUGGUAAAGUUCCAAAGAACUCCCUGCCGCUUCUAUUUUUACCUAUUACAAGGAGGGAGCUGCGCACCGGUAGCGCUCUUCUUGUAAUAAACCGUAUGAAGAGGUCUUUGUUCAUUGGUUUGAAAUUUCUAUUUAUUUUAUUCGUCUUUCUGACUAAUGAAUAGAUGAAAUUCGUGUUUGCAUGCCCAGGUGUUUAACUGGGCAUGUGUGGGCAGAUGACUUGCCCUACAGGGACUUUGGUCUGGGCACAAAGUAAAGAUGCAAAAAUAGGUAAUAUGGAGGGCUUAGGGGCAUUUGGGGCGGACAAGGGGGAUAAUUGGAUGUAGUUAGGGGAUGGGGGGUCACCAGAACCGCUACAGUGUAAUGAGGUGUAUACAGCAUGUUCCUGCAGUAUUUGCACUGUAGACACUGAAUUUUCAGACAAAAUAGUGUUUACAUAGUUACAUAAUUACAUAGCUGAAAAGAGACUUGCAUCCAUCAAGUUCAGCCUACCUCACAUUUGUUUUUUGCUGUUGAUCCAAAAGAAGGCAAAAAAACCCAGUUUGAAGCACAAUUUUGCAACAAACUAGGAAAAAAAUUCCUUCUUGACCCCAGAAUGGCAGUCAGAUUUAUCCUUGGAUCAAGCAGUUAUUACCCUACAUUGAAAGAUUAUAUCCUUGAAUAUUCUGUUCUUGCAAGUAUGCAUCUAGUAGCCGUUUGAACAUCUGUAUGGACUCUGAUAAAACCACUUCCUCAGGCAGAGAAUUCCACAUCCUGAUUGUUCUUACAGUAAAAAAACCUUUCCUUUGCCUUAGACGAAAUCUUCUUUCUUCCAGUCUAAACUCAUGGCCUCGUGUCCUAUGUAAAGUCCGGUUUGUGAAUAGAUUUCCACACAAUGGUUUGUAUUGGCCACGAAUAUAUUUGUAUAAUGUUAUCAUAUCCCCUCUCAGGCGACGUUUUUCUAAACUAAAUAGGUUUAAAUUUGUUAACCUUUCUUCAUAGCCGAUAUGUUCCAUUCCUUUUAUUAAUUUUGUAGCCCGCCUCUGCACUUUUUCUAGUGCCAUAAUAUCCUUCUUUAGAACAGGUGCCCAAAAUUGCACAGCAUAUUCAAUAUGGGGUCUUACCAGUGAUUUAUAAAGAGGCAAAAUUAUAUUCUUGUCCCGAGAAUGAAUGCCCUUUUUCAUGCAUGACAAUACCUUACUGGCCUUGGCCACUGCUGAUUGACAUUGCACAUUGUUGCAUAGUUUGUUGUCUAUAACAAUUCCCAAGUCCUUUUCAUGUGUUGUUAUCCCUAAUUCGCUUCCAUUAAGGGUAUACGUUGCUUGUGUAUUCUUUACGCCGAAGUGCAUAACUUUGCAUUUUUCAACAUUAAAUUUCAUCUGCCAUUUGAGUGCCCAGUCCCCCAGUCUAUCUAAGUCCCUCUGCAGCAAAGUAAUAUCUUGCUCACAUUGUAUUGUUUUACAAAGUUUGGUGUCAUCUGCAAACACUGAAACAUGACUUUCAAUGCGGUCUUCAAGAUCAUUUAUAAACAUGUUAAAUAGAAGGGGUCCCAGAACAGACCCCUGAGGGACACCACUUGCCACCUCUGUCCAGCUUGAAAAUUUACCAUUAAUGACAACUCUUUGUACUCUGUUUUUAAGCCAAUGUUCUACCCAAGAACAAGCAUUUUCAUCUAGACCGAUUUCCUUGAGUUUAAACACUAAUCUAUUGUGUGGAACUGUAUCAAAUGCCUUGGCAAAAUCCAAAUAGAUCACAUCCACGGCAACACCCUGAUCUAUACUUCUACUUACUUCUUCGUAGAACGCAAUCAAGUUAGUUUGACAUGACCUGUGCUUCAUAAAACCAUGCUUUACGUUGCUGCCUAGUAACACCCCUAUGUGCAGUCACUCAGAUGGCCACUAGAGGUGCUUUCUACUAUUUUUCUGCUCAGUGUGCAGCACUAGCUUUCAGCAUCUCCCCCUCUGCAUGGAUGCUCUGAAUUUUCCCCAUAGAGCUUGUAAUGAUUCAAUGCAUCUCUGUGCGGAGAUGCUGAAUGGUGUAGCUCUGCAUCUUGCUUUGUACGCACAAUAGUCUCCUUUAGGAAUAUAGUCCUGGGAUUUGUGAGCUCCUUUCAUUUGUGGGCGGCUGCACGUUCUUUAGGCUGAUGGAGAGGGAGCUGUAACCUCCCUGCUCUGCUCACUCGCAUGCUGCUUAGUGAUGUGGAAGCCGGAAUAUGAUUCUCUGGCCCUGGCAUCACUAAACGGUGCGCAAGGGAACAGAGCAGAGAGAUAACCGCUCCCUCCCCACCCACAAUACGCACAGCCGGCUGCCCGCCUUCACUAUCCCCCACCUAACAGCCCACUGGAUCCAAGGGGAAACCGAUCCACAUCAGCUCUCCCAAAGGUACGGAUGUUUGAUGAAAUAGAAUAGCAUUUAAAAAAAAAAAAAAAAACUGGCUUGUAACUUGGGGUUUUUUUUUUAACUGGCUAGAUUCAAAGCAAAUUUUGUCAAGCCCUGCACUAUAGUGUUCCUUUUAAAGGGACUCUAUAGUCACCAAAACAACUUUAGCUUAAUGAAACUGUUUUGGUGUAUAGAUCAUGCGCCUGCAGUCUCAAUGCUCAAUUAUCUGCCACUUAGGAGUUAAAUCACUUUGUUUAUUAACCCUAAUCACACCUCCCUGCAUGUGACUUACGCAGCCUUCUUAAGCACUUCCUGUAAAGAGUCAUCUAAUGUUUAUCCUUCCUUUAAGUUCUAUUUAAUUUAGAUUUUCUUAUCCCCUGCUAUAUUAAUAGCUUGCUAGACCUUGCAAGAGUCUCGUGUAUAUGAUUAAAGUUCAAUUUACAGGGCAAGAGAUAAAAUUGUUUAAGGUAAAUUACAUCUGAAAGUGAAACCAGUUUUUUUUUCAUGCAGGCUCUGUCAAUCAGAGCCAGGGGAGGUGUGACAAGAGCUGCUUAAACAGAAACAAAGUGAUUUGACUCCUAAAUGGCAGUGAAUUGAGAAGUGAAACCUAAGAGGCAUGAUCUAUACACUAAAACUGCUUCAUAAAGUUGUUAAGGUGACUAUAGUGUUUCUUUAACCAUUGUGUAGAAGAGGCUGUCUAAUGUUUGUCAACUUUAGGAGCCAAAAUGAAAAGACAACACUACUUCUUUACAGCAUUUUUCUUACACCUCAGAACAAUGGUAAACAUAAAAAGUUAUAAAAAAAUGUCACAGUAUAAGAUUGUGGGUGUACUGUUCCUGUACAGCAACCCCAACCCCAACCUUUUUUUACUUCAGUACCCGGUGGCAGCCUAUUUCUAUAAAUUGUAAUACUAAUAUUGGCGAAAUGUUUAUUAACCACUUAAGGAUGGUGGGCGUUCUAUGCCGUCCUUGGGGACCCGGCUCUAAACACCGGUCCUAUGUACUUACCCGGUCGCCGGUGAUCAAGGUGUGGGGACUCACCCGGAAGCCCAGGGAGUCCCCCUCUUUCCUCUCUGGCCCCCCUGGGCCAUGUGAUCGCAACAAUCACAUGGACGGCAUAGCAGUCCAUAGCAAUGCCAACAGGGGGAGUGCCUGUAAUGACAGGUACUCCCCCUGCUGCCUGAAAAAGAUUUAAAUAAGUUAUAGAUACAGUUUAAAAAAUAUAUAUAUAAUAAAUAUAUAUAUAUAUAUAUAUAUUAAAGUGUGUAUGUAAAGGCGGAGCCUGGAGUUGUGGGAGGGGCUAGUGCUCUCUUCCCAGAGUUGCUCUAUUUAUUUCCUCCUCUCCCUCCAUCUCCCCACUAGCGUAUCUCUCUUGCACAGAACUUCAUUACUGCUGUUUUGAAACUUAACACUGUGCACCAUAACGAGAGAACGUAUCUCUACAGAUCUGGAGAGGCAUUACUAUACACAAGUCAAGGGGUGUGAUUCUGUAUUUAUAUAUUUUUGUUUUCAACAUGAGCCAAAAACUUACAGACCAAGAGUAGACAAAGAAAUAGCUAGCUCUAUAAGAAGCACGCGCACCAGGGCUGAAUAAGAUUGUAUCUUACCUCUCUCAUUAUAAAGGAAACAUACACCAUUAGCAUUAUAGACUGGUCAUCCCACAUUACAAUCCAACACUGAACUUGCAGAUUUUAGCCUAAAUUUUCAACUCUAUACAAUUCACUGUUAAAUGAAUAAUUUCUAAAGUAUAAGAAUUGUUCACUGAGAACAUAAAAGUUCCAGAUUUUUUUUUUUAUAUAUAUAUAUAUUUAUAAAUUAGAUAUGACGUAAAUAUUUUGGGGAUGUCUUUUCUGAAAUCUACCCCUUAUAUUUCUCCUUAUUAUUUCCUCUCUCUCCUGCCCACCUUUCCCCCCCCAUCCUUAUCAACUAAACUUUGACAUUUGGUGUCAGUGCAUUUGUGGCACAAGUAAUUGGCUCUCUCUCACAGACUUGGUACAUUGAUCCAAGUGCAAUUUUGAUAAAUGCUCCAUGUAGUUACGUAUUGUUCUCACAAGAGCAGGGGUUUGACUUUUUGUUUAAGUGAGGCUUGUUUGCAUAGUGGCCUAUAGUGUUCAUGGGAGUAGCUGCAGUUUCUCCUAACUACCAAAUAAUUGCAAGAGUGAAAUGAGUAUCCACGUGAUUUUGGCAAUUUUAAACAUUUUUUAUUUAUUUUUACUUGCAUAUAAUUUUAUAUAUGUGUAUAUGCACUUUUUGUUCCUGCAUACGAUCAGUAGAAAUCUGUGCUAUCUCAAAGUUUUUUUAAGAGCAGUAAACAAGUGUCUUUUGCAGUCAAGUAGUAAAGUGUUCUCUUUACUCAAAGACUGAGCCAAAAUCCUGCUUAUGUUCUUUUCUUUUAUAAAUUUUUUUUAAUAAAAAGCAUCCUUUGCAGUCAGGUAGUGAAACCUUUUUGAAAGUGUUCUAAUCUUUUUGCUCCAACACUGACUCAAAUUCCUUCUUACAUUAUGUUCUUUCUAAGCGCAUUAUAAAAAAACGCAUCUAUCGCAGCCACUUAUUAAAAGGUUUGUGCUAUGGCGCAAAUUUUUUUUCGGGGCUUAAACGAUGUUGGUAUAAGAUGUCAAAGGGUUCCACGGAAAAAAAAUUGUGAACCCCUGCUUUAAAGAAACACUAUAGCAUUAAGACUACAAAUCUGUAUUCCUUAAAACUAUGCAUUGUUCUAUACAGGUCCUCCCUCAGCACUGCUCAUCUCUUCUCCCCAGCAACACCAAUGGCUUUCACCCCAAUGGUCUGGUCCAGUGCUCUUCAUAAAGGAGCACUGGGGACGUGAUGUGCAUGCACAUCCAAACUAAAAUCAUUGUAUUUUCUAUGGGCUUCCAGCCGUCACACAGCUACUAGAGGUGGAUCCAACCCUGCAAUGUAAACAUUGCAGUCUUCAGAGUUAAAAGUGCAGGACCAGUGCACCCAGACCACUUCAUUAAAAAGUGGCCUAGGUGACUUUAGUGUCCUUAAAGGACCACUCUAGGCACCCAGACCACUUCAGCUUAAUGAAGUGGUCUGGGUGCCAGGCCCAGCUAGGGUUAACCCACUUUUUCAUAAACAUAGCAGUUUCAGAGAAACUGCUAUGUUUAUGAAUGGGUUAAGCCUUCCCCCAUUUCCUCUAGCGGCUGUCUCAUUGAGGCACUGUGAAAAUCACAGUGAGAGCACGUCAGCGUCCAUAGGAAAGCAUUGUAAAUGCUUUCCUAUGUGACCGGCUGAAUGCGCGCGCAGCUCUUGCCGCGCAUGCGCAUUCAGCCGACGGGGAGGAGGAUCGGAGGAGGAGAGCUCUCCGCCCAGCGCUGGAAAAAGGUAAGUUUUAACCCCUUUCCAGAGCCGAGCGGGAGGGGGACCCUGAGGGUGGGGGCACCCUCAGGGCACUAUAGUGCCAGGAAAACGAGUGUUUUCCUGGCACUAUAGUGGUCCUUUACUGUACAGUAUUCAGAGGCUAAUUUUGGUAUUGUGGUGUUUGGUUUUUUGUGUACAUAAAGUACAUUUUAUUUUCUUCAUGCAUUUCUUUGUAGGCACAACCAAAGAAAGAGGAGCCAUUGACGCCUGCCUUAAGCCAAAAUAUUCCAAAAUUUUAUUUUCCUAAAGGAUGUCCAAAAGACAAUGUUAACAUUGAUUGUAUCAUUUCAAAAAUAGAGAAAACCUUCUCUCUUUUUCCCAAUGAAAGAGCAACACUCGAUGAUAUGGGCAAAGUGGCUAAGGUAUUUAAUGGAUAUAAAUGUAUGCUGUUUUGUGGUACUUUUAUGUAUAGGUGUAUAUUGUUAGACUGUGAACCUAUGAUUCUCCUAUGCAGAGUAGUUUGUGUUAAGGCUGUUCUCCAAGACACACACCCAAGUUUGAAACUCACUUAGGAAAAAAUAAAUUGUUGUUUUGAGAUGUUGUGGGGUUAAUGACUGAAAAGUAGGAAACUGCAAGGAAAAUAAACAACUUAAUUGUGCCAUCAGUUGGAAACAAAAUUUAAGUGUGUCCAAAAUAUGACUUCAUUUUGCAGAUUAAGUUUUUAUUUGAUGUCAAAAAAGCCACUAUAGUCUGAAGUAUAUAUUUUAGAAUUGUUUUACAUACAUGUCUUACAUUAUUUCUGGGUAUAUUGUGAAUAUAUGCAGGCUGAAAUAUUUUGACUUAUUGUUUUAAAGACAGAUUUAAUAUCUUCUUGUGAAAAAGUAACUUCCUAACUCAUAACAAAGGGAUAUAAACUUUUUUUUUUUUUGUUUCGUUAAUCUAGUUUAAUAGUCUGUUAUGUAGACAAUGCCAAAUUUCCCUAUUGGGACAUAUUCCCAGGACAUUUUCGAAGACAGAUCUGUUUUUUCAAUUCAGAGUGCUUGCCCUAGCCUGCUUUUUAUCAUGAAGCUGUAUUCUAGUGUGACAUCCACACUCCUAUAUAUGGCAAUAUGGUAAUUAUUUGUUUCUGCUGCUAGACCUUUUUGUUUUAUUCCUUGCUGUCCCUAAAUUCUCUGCCAUGGAUAUUUGAUUUAUAGCAAUACCCAAUGACUUGUAUUCCUAAUACACACAGUUUUGAUUUCUCAUCAGACAAAAUAAUUUCUAAUGACAUCCUAAUUCCUCUGCGUAGGAUGAGAUUCAGCCGAUAUAAGCCAUCUCUCAUUUGACACAGUUAAGGCUGAUGGGGGGAGACAUGCAUUAUAAAGGAAAAGUGGGGUGGGACAAAAAAUCUAUAACAAAUUUCAUCAAUUUGUAAAUCUGUGUACAUUUUUGUUUCCCCCUCCUACAUAAUUGCAGGCUUGUGAAUGUCCUCUUUAUUGGAAAUCACCGUUGUUUUAUGCGGCUGGAGGUGACCGAUCAGGAUUUGUGUCUGUCCAUAAGUUUGUUGCAAUAUGGCGAAAGUGAGUAAUCCCUUUUUGGCUGUGGCUCCAUUUUUUUUAUUUUGUGGUUGGGAAGAUUUAAUGUUAAAAUAAAGAUAAAUACAUUUAAAAGAAGGAAAAAAGUGUUCUUCCAACCUUCAGAGAAAAUAACUUUAACAACCUCUGUUAAAAUGAGAGGGUUGAGCUCUACAGGUAAAGUUAUAGCUGCACUUUUCUCAUAAUAUUAUGCAUGUUAUCAUUCAUGGAAAUUGGAAAUGGUGUGUUGAAGCUCAUGUGUAUCAUAAAGUAGCAAAUUCCAGUAACUAGAUAUAGAUAUCGAUCUCAUUGGCAUGGUUUGUUCUUUAGGAGGAUACUUUUGACAUGCUUUAUUUUUCUACAGGAAUGGGAGGGUGGUAUGUAUGUGUACCACCCUCACACUCCUGUAUAUUGUGUGUGUGUGUGUGUGUGUGUGUAUUAAUACCUUUUUUUUUUUUUUUUUUUUUUUUACCAUUUAAACUCCCUUUUUUUGCUAGUGUGACUGUAUACCAGCCGUAACGGUCUUACUUAUUACCUACUAUUUUAUAAAGUCAUGUGGACCUGCCACUUUUUUUAUAAUGGCAUUUUACUGAACUGUGCACAGUCAAGAGAAGGAAGAGACCGCUUUGUUUCCUGCGUGCCUUUUAAAAUGGCAAAAUAACCUUUGAAAAAGCCUAGGGCUGGUAUUUGUACUUUUGCAAGGUUGGAAAGUGAGAAAAUAUGAUGGUCGAGAGAAAGCACUUUAACAAAGUACUCUGAAUCAUUGCGUGUUUGUGGCUUAGGUGCUUAAUCAAUUUUCAACUUUUUUCCUUAACCAGAAACUUACUAUCAGACCCUCUAUUAUUUCCUAGAUAACACAACGUAUAUGUACACUUAUUGAUAUAUAAUAAUAAAAUGACUGUUUUUUUUUUUUUUUUUUUUAGGAUCUUGCAGACAUGCCAUGACGAUACCGCUAAGUUCAUGCAACUCCUAGCCAAGCCUGGAUGCACUUAUUUGGAGAGAGAGGACUUUGUUCCCUUUUUACAGGUAUGGGUUAAUGUUCAUGUAUUACACGCAAUUGAGUUCUGUUAUACAAAUUGUAGAUGAUGCAAAAUUGUGCUUACACUAAUUCUCAGAUUGCAAAUGUAUCCCUAAUACUUUAUUGAAAUGUUCUUUUGUGUAGAAUUAACCUUUUGCACUAAUUUGUCACAUUGCUGUGAACAAACUUUGCUGCUUAUAAAGCAAAAGCCCACUCUCUCUAGAACAUUUGCCAGCAGUGAUCUCAGCGGAGGAGAAGGGCAUUGAAAAAACAGAGCUGUUGCCAGAGCAACUUAUUGUGUUUUCAAAAUCUUUGUAUUGAGGUUGUAUGUAAUUAAAGGUUGCUUUUCUUUCUGGUACUCAAAUGCCUUUUAUGUAAAUGGUAAUGCCAUACCUGUAAAAAUCCUCCUCUUGCAAGACUCCCUUCAAGUUUCUUGACCUUUGCCAUGUUUACCCCUUGGAUUACUCAGUUUAAUGUGCAGUCAUUUUAGGCUGUCUUGCAUGAUAGGAUUUUGGGGGUACCUGUUGAACGAGAAUGCAUGAAAUUAUUGGUAUGGUCCGACUUUAGAUUUGAUGCAUUUUAGCCCAUGUAACGAUUUUUCACAUUUUGUUGAAGAGGCCGACCUGGCACGAAACAUGUUUUUACUCACCUUUCUGCAUUGUAAUUAUUUUAUUUAUUUAUAAAAUAUUUUGCCAAUAAGGAUACCUUGAGAUUUCUCUCAUUUUCAAUUAUGUCCUCAGUCCACAAACAUUACAUUGUUACAUUAGGGAAUAAUAUAAAAAAAUGUGAAAUAUUAAAAUAAAACUAUAAAUUUACACAGAACAGGUAAGACCUCUAAUCAACCGUUAUUACAGGUACAUUCUGUAUUGGGUUAUGUUGACAAGGAUCUCUUAAACUCACAUACACCAUCAAAUUUUCCUCCAGUAUAAAAUCAUUUAUCACAUUAUUGAGGUGCGCUGUAGAAAAAUGACGAUCGAGCCGCUUUAUUUUUGUAUUGUGGUAUACUAAAAGUGCUGGUACUGUAUCGGACAUUAAAUGAGGUGGGAAAAUCUGGGGAGAGCACUCUAUUCUGGUAGGGUGGGAGUUUACCAGAAAAGCUCCUGAGCACAAAGCUGGAAAGGUGAAGAGUGCAUCUGAACUCCAGCGAUAGCCAGUUUACCUCUUUUAACAUGUCACAGUGGUGGGUCAUGUAUUUAUAUUCUAGCACAAUAUUUUUAAAUGUUGAAGCUCUUUAAGUGACAAAGAUAUGUGCUGAUAGCUGUACAAUUUUUUUUAUUUUUUUUUUAUAUUCUAGCAAAAAAAAAAAAAACCUUUUUCUUUAAGCUUGAUGAUGAAAUGAUUUUAAGGUGUGUGUGUGUGUGUGUGUGUAUAUGUCCUAUUUUUAUGGUUUCUAAACACUUAUGGGAAAAAAAUAAACAUUUUGUUUUUUGUUUUGCUUGUUUCUUGCAUUGGCUUGCUGCGAGUAACCUGACUUCUUAAAAACAAGAAAUUGCGGGCAAGUUCUCAUACAGUUUAAUUUUAUUUUUAUCAGGAUGUGGUAAACACUCAUCCACAUUUAACAUUUUUGAGAGAAGCUUCAGAAUUUCAUUCUCGCUACAUCACCACUGUAAGUACAAUUUAUUUUUCUUUCUUAUAUCUUAUACCAUCUAGUAGUAGUAUUCUGUGUUCACUGAAUCCUAUUGGCAUGAUAAUGUGUGGUCACGUGAAAUGGGGAUUCUAAUUCUGUUAUAAUCAAACCUACAACAGGCCCCACAUAUUUCAAAUAUUUGUUUCAUUCUCCUAGAAUUGAAGCAGCCUUCGGCACUCUAGAUUUUGUGGAUUACAUCUCCCACAAUACUCCUACAGCCAUCAUGUUGGCAAAGCUUUCUGGGAGAUGUAGUCCACAACGACUGGAGUGCCGAUGGAUUGUUAUCCCUGCUCUAAGCACCAAAACAUUAAAUCUUAAUGUAUAUCUUGCCAUUUCUGAGAAAUGUAAAUGUUUUUUUGGCCAAACAAUGACAUGACAUCAGCUUCACCCCUUAGACCUUCGAAGGUCCUCACCUCAGUACUAUGUAUUUGACAUGCUUAAAAUUGCCUCUGUUGCUAUGACAUGAGUGCCUCAUUUUCCCUGACUCUUUUCUUGCCUAUAUCCCAAUGUUUUAUGAUCUCCUAAAAACAAAACUCAAAGGAAAAGAUUUAAAAAAAAAAAAAAACAGCUUGCUUUUGACUCGUAAAACCAUAAUGAUUUAAUGAUUGAUCUAUUUUGAGGACAAUAUAUUUUGUUACAAGAGUAGAUUUACAAUUCUAGAUUUGUUACAAUAAUCCUUGUCGAAAUGUAGUGGGGUGUCUCCACAGUUGUUACCAAAUAAUUGCAAAUUGGCCAAAGAUUCACUGAUCUUUGUUUAGGAAUUUGAUGACCAUUGGAUGUUAUAACUUGACCUUCCUGCCCAUUUCCAAGUCUGAUGGAUAUUGAAAAGCAUUUUAGUACUGGGUGAAAUUUUUAGUUUUUUGUAUUCCAUGCAGCAGGACUUUAAUCGUUCAUUGUAGCCCUUAAGUCUUUUUAUUAAUCUACCUCCUGUUCAUUUACUCUUUGUAUUUUUUCAGAAUUUACGUCAUACACCAGGUGAUCCUGGCACAGCCAGAAUAAACCCAGUAAAUUAAUAUAAUCUCAUGGUGUCACAUGUGCAAGUGCUGAGUUUGUGGCCCAAGUUAGGAAAAAUCUUGGGCCAGCAGAAUGAAACAAUAGUUUUGUUUUUAAUAAUCUCCCUGUUCAUUUACUUUUUUGUAUUCUAGAAAGUUUGAAAAUGGGGUUUAGAAUUAUGUUUGAACCCUCGAAAUGUCAUUAAGAGUCUUGUACUACUUAAGGAAUUUGCCGUAUUAAAGGGACACUAUAAUCACCCAGACCACUUCAGCCCGUUGAAGUGGUCUGGAUGCACUGUACCUAUUGCACUUAAUGCUGCAAUGUAAAACAUGACCGUUCCAGAGAGAUUGCAAUGUUUACAUUGCAGCACUAACUCUGCCUCUAGUGGCUCUCUUCCUGGCACUUAUAGUAUCACAUUAACAAGUAUACCCCUGUCCAGGCUGUUGUCAUCGCACAAUGAUGUACUGGGUGCAGUGACAUGAUAUGGGCAUCUGCUGAUUGGCAUUCGAUUGAAAGUACUUUUGGGCAUUUUUUUCAUAACUUGGGCCAGCACAAUGAGGUUAACUUAACUUACUUGGUUUAUUCUGGCUGUGCCUGGAUCACCUGGCAUAUGUCAAUUCUGAAACUGGAUCCAUUUUAGUUGUGUAUUUUGUAAAAAUGAAAAUCCAGCGCACACCCAUACAAGGGAGUGCGCUGGAUUUUCAUUUUUACUGUACUUGGCUCUCAGCAGCACCCCAUUUAAGCAUGUUCAGGUGAGUGCAGCCAACCCUUUGUUUUCUCACAGUUGUGUAUUUUGUAACACCGCGCCCCUCUAAUAACGUGCCUCUUAUAUCAGAUCUAUUCUUGUGUCCAUUAUAUUCACAAGUGUUUGUGUUACACUUUAAAGUUUAUUUUUUAUUAGAGUUAAACCUCUCUAUUUUGUAGACUGUUUGGCAGUGCUGCAUAGUUAAUCUCCAUUGGGUAACUAAGAGCUGCUGCAAUAAUACAAGGUUGGUACACCCUAAUUGGCUUUGUGACUUCUUUAUAAUGUCUUGAUUUUUAUCCUUUAGGUCAUUCAGAGGAUAUUUUACACUGUGAAUCGAUCGUGGUCAGGCCGAAUAACGUGUGCUGAACUAAGGAAAAGUAACUUUUUACAGGUGAACAUAAUCGGUGCUGCUUAGUUGGUAUUCUUAGUUUUUAGCAUAAUAGAGAAAUUGACAUUGCCCAAUCAGGAUUUUCACAUCAAUGUAAAAGACACAGGACAUGGUGCCAGAGUAGUAAAGUCCACCUGAAAUUGAAAGGAUAGGAAAUUAGUCUUCCAUCAGGUAUGGUUUCAGAUGUGUAAGCAUUAAAAAUAAAAAUAAACUUGAACUUCCUUUUCCCUGCUGACAGUCACUGUUUAACAUUCCUGCAUGAUAGAAGUGAAAGGAAAUAUGUUACAAAAUGCAUAUUUUAAUGCAUUUAAACAAUGAUGUUAAAAACUAUGCAUUAACUUUUUGAAGUUAAGCUGAGCUGCCCUCUAUUCAUACAACACGUGCUUGUAUUAAGAGGGUGAUAUUUAACAGAGAACCAGCGUGGAAACAGGAAGCAUAAUAUAUAACAUUAUAUGAACACUUGGCCAAUAAACAGUUUAGUGAAUGUACGUUGGGAAUCUGUAAGGUUAUUUAUAUUGCUGGCACAUAAUUACUGGAUUAAUUAAAAUUUAAAUGCAAACAAUGUUUUGCUAAAGAGUUUUGUGUGUCUAUCUUAUAGAACACUGCAGGCUGCUGGAUCUCCCCACCUUCUGCAUUUCCUAAAGAAAACACCUUGUUCAAACCUAGCUAAAAUAAGAAAGGUCUACAUGGAUAUAACUUUUCAGGAAGCGUGAAGGAAAACUAUGAUAGACUGGUACAGCAGGUGUGACUAGGGCAGAAGAAAUUCACAACUCAGGGCAUCAUCUAUACACCACCAUGACUUCAUUAAGCUAAAGUUUGUUUUAAUGCUUAGCUUGACCCUUUAACCGGUGAUGCUGUUACGGCGGCAUAGUAUGCUGGAACGGUUUGUGGCCCGAGAUACUUGCGUUACCCGAUAACCGCAGGAACUGCCAAUCCAGCUCUUCCUGGCCAUGUGAUCGCAAUGACACCUGGGUUGUUUACUUUUGCAAAUGGGGGGAUGGGAGGGGUAGAGGGUGGUACUUUUGUACUAGUAAGAUCUCUCUGAACAAAUAUGAAUGUUAACUUUGAACAGGGUUUAUGACUAAUUGGCUUUGGCAAAUGGUAUGCCUUGAUGGGGUAAUUUGCAUUCCUGGGCUGCCAUAUGGUCUCAAAGGCAACAUAUGCCAAUCAAACUUCAAUGUGCAAAAACUGAAAUGGGCAAGCUCUUUAUUUGACCCUGUAGUUUUCCAAAACACCUUAAAACUAAAUAGAUAUUGUUGUACUCGUGGGACAUCACAGCAUGUAAAUAUGUGUAAUUCUGGCAGUAAAAGCUAACCGUAUUUUGACAUUCACAGUUAGUGCCAUGCAGAACUUGGAAAAUAGUUUAUUCAUUUCUCUCACUUUUUUAGAUUUGAUUCAUAUUAAAUAAUUUAAUAUAUAAAGAUCUCAUGUGAAAUUAAUCCCGUUUCUCCUGAACAAAAUUAUAUAUAAUUGUGGGUUCACUUAAUUUGAAAUAGGUACAUUAUGGUUGAACUCAAGAACUAGGUUUUGUUUUGAUCAUAAUUUCUGUGCCUCUUGCAGCCAUAUUGUAGUUUGUCAUCUGCUCUGUGAAUAUUGCACAAGAAGGUCUGAAUAGUAGUUUUGGCUAGCUCAGUGCAGAGGUGAAUUUUUUAUUUUUUUAUUUAUUCUAUUUUAAAGUAUGAAGUUGUAUUCAUGACUGAUGCACAUAGACCUCUGCAAAGUACCUUUUAAACCUUAAAGUCCCUUUUACUUUUUACUUGGUGCCUGCUGGCCAAGUAAUCAUCUUGCAUGGGGACCACAGACCUCUGCAUGUAAUCAAGUCUACAUACAUACAGAUAUACAGAGUUCCAAUUGCUUGCACUCCUGGAUUAAUAGUAAAAAGCCAGGUGCUUAACAGCCAAAUAAUAGAAAUAAAGUAAUGAUAGCACCCCAAGGAUUUCAAAAAUAUUGUGAAAAAACUUUUAAUUCAGGCAUCUGCCACAGAAGAUCAACGUUUUAGUUCUCUAAGGAACUAUCUUCAGGAUAUACAGAUAUAAAGUAUAUGCUCCCAGCACCUGUUACAUUGCUUGGAUCUCUACUGGUGAGACUGCCAGGAGACUAUAUCACAUGCAAACACUGCUUUACACGUGCUCGCCAAAGCAAAUUAGGGCGCAAUCAUAGCCAUGAUGCAGACCAGGCCACCAGCAAUGCACAACAUGGAUAGGUAUUCCUAGGACUUGGACACGCUUGUAUAUUGAGUCCUGCAGCCCACUUUUAAAUGACCUGAUAUGACAUUGACUUGUUGACUUGUUGUGGAGGACUGACACAGACGAAGUAUUGUCUUAUAUCCAGGUUCUCAUGUUCAGCAUCAUGGAGAGGGUAUUAGUGGGCAACGCCAUAUUAAGUUACCGGUAAUUUAAUACAACAAACUAGAGUCUUUCAGUGAAAGCGAAAUCGGUUUCAGGAAUGAAGCAUAGUUGCAAAAAACAAAUGCCAACAACCUAAAAAUUUUAUUAAGCAAAUUUCUCCACCUCCCUAAAACCUGUUCUGCAGCAGAGGCAACAUUCUAUAGUUUUUAUUUUUUUUACAUUAUAUGUACCUGAAUACCAAAACACUUCACUAAAUGCAUAAUAAUGUGAACAAAUCUGAGCACAAGCCCAGUUAAAGUAAUAUCUAUUUAAAGUUUAUAAGUUGGUAGGAUGGUUCUACAGCAAGUAAUGCAGAUGCAUGAGGCAAAAUAAUUGCUGUUUACUAUGUGGGCUCUGUUGGUAUAUUUAAACAGGAAUUAAUUUCCGUUGCACCUAAUGAAAUCUGUUGGGGCUUAUGUCUUUAGGAAGGAAUGGAAAGCCGCACACUCUUGUGCAUAUGAAUAAUUUUUACUCUGCAGAUCUACUGACUGUUUUAUGAUUCUUUGUUUACAGCAUGUUGCGUUGUUGGAAGAGGAAGAUAUCAAUCAGUCAACAGAUUACUUUUCUUAUGAGCAUUUCUAUGUCAUCUAUUGCAAAUUCUGGGAACUUGACACAGACCAUGACUUGUACAUUGAUGAACAAGACCUUUCCAAGCAUAGUGAUCAUGGUAUGAGAGUGUGUUUUAGUACAUCUAUGAAUGCAAGAUAUAUUAUGAAUAUAUAAUACCAAUACUGUAAAUACAAGAGCUCACAAUUUGAGUUGUAAUAAGAUUUAAAUGGAUCCUAUUUUGAUAUUGAUCAACAAAAGGGAAUAAUCUAAACUUUGGUCCAAAAGAGGACUUGUAGCUGUUACAUCUUAUGCACUUCAUACAACCAAAAUAUACCGUGUGACUUGCUAAAUUUCAUUGAAAUUGUUUAUGAAGAGCUGUUGGAUUAAUAUUUGACAUCCCCACUUUAUUACAGCAAGUAAUCUCUGGAUAUUAAUAGCUGAAGUUUAAAUUUAAAUAAGUUUUGAAAACUACUAGAAAUGCAGAAACAUUUGCAAAGUAAUAUAUCUUUCUUUUUUUUUUUUUUUAUAUAAAAGCUUUCACUUUGUAUUUGGCACUACAAAACAAGAAUUUCAAUUGAAGUGUUGAAUGUACUGCUGGAAUGUUGGCGAUUAAAGAGUCUCUUUGACGUUCAGCUGUGCUGGGUUUUCCUUUUCUGGAAUACAGUUUAG